CUUGGACACCUGGAGACAGACAUGUCCAUGCUUACAGCUGAUGACCAUGUGAUACAGCUGGGGGUGGUGCAGACGGACAAGGGGCUGGUGGAGGGGAGGAGUCACAGGAUGGGUCUGUUUCGGACCGUGGACGUCUUUAAAGGAGUCCCCUUCGCGGACGUCCCCGGAAAGUGGGAGAAACCUAAACCUCACCCCGGAUGGAGCGGAGUCCUGAAGGCUCAUCAAUAUCGAGAUCGCUGCCUGCAGGUGACGCUGCUGCAGACGAAAACCCAGGGCAGCGAUGACUGCCUUUACCUGAACAUCUUUGUUCCCCAGGGACUGAAACUGUCCACCAGCCUCCCAGUGAUGGUCUACCUCUUCGGGGGGGCCUUCAUGUUGGGGGCUUCUAACGACGUGGCGAUCCUCGGGGACUCGCUGUACGACGGCAAGGAGCUGGCCGAGAGGGGCGACGUCAUCGUGGUCACGGUGAACUACCGGGUCGGCACCAUGGGCUUCCUCAGCUCUGGCGACGCCCGCCUGCCAGGGAACUACGGCCUGUGGGACCAGCAUGCUGCGAUCUCGUGGGUCCGCAGGAACAUCGCGGCGUUCGGAGGAAACCCCGAAAACAUCACCAUUUUCGGCCAAUCAGCCGGAGCCGUCAGCGCCAGCUACCAGAUGCUGUCCCCCCACAGCAAGGGUCUCUUCCGGAGGGUGAUCUCUCAGUGUGGAGUAGCUCUGAGCCCGUGGGCUCUGCAGAAGAACCCCAUGGCCCUCACCAAGAAGAUCGCCCGUAAAGUCGGCUGCUCGAGGAGCGACGAGGACGAGAUGCUGGCGUGUCUGAAGCUGAGCGACCCGGUCGGCCUCACGAUGGCAGGAAAGAUCGACGUGUUUCUGCUUCUGGGGAAAGGUGUGGUCAUGGACCUCCUGGAACUGGCUCCAGUGGUGGACGGCGAUUUCGUCCCAGAUGAGCCGAGCCGGCUGUUCCACAACGCGGCUCAGUUCGACUACAUGGCCGGCGUCAACAGCAUGGACGGGCACCUCUUCGCCGGGGUCGACGUCCCCUCCAUCAACAAGGAGAACGGCAACACCACCGUGGAGGAUGUGAAGGGUCUCCUGGCCGGCCUGACCAAAGAGAAAGGCGUCACCGCCGUCGGCUCGGCCUACAGUGUCUACUCGUCUCACUGGGGGUCGGCACCAGAGCCAGCGGUGGUGAAGAAGACGGUGGCCGACAUUGAGACCGACUUCCUGUUCCUGGUUCCCACGCAGAUCGCCCUCCAGCUCCACGCCAACAACUCCAGUGGAGCCCGUACCUACUCCUACCUGUUCAACAUGGAGACUCGUAUCCCAGGAUUCCCUCGCUGGGUGGAGGCCGAGCACGCCGAGGACCUGCAGUACCUGUUUGGUAAACCCUUUGCCACCCCGCUGGUCUACUUCCCCCGACACCGGGACCUGUCCGGGUACAUGAUCGCGUAUUGGACCAACUUCGCCAGGACCGGUGAUCCCAGUAAAGGAGACAGUAGAGUCCCAGUUCCCUGGCCCGCCUUCACCAAACACCACCAACCCUACCUGGCCAUCAACCACAAGAUCACCAAGUCCUCCGUCAGCUACGACCUGAGAUCAGAAUACAUCUCCUAUUGGACCAAAACCUACAGCAGCCUACCAGCAGUCAGGAGAGAAGAAGAAGAAGAAGAAGAAGAAGAAGAAGAAGGAGGAGAUCUGACUCAAUGAUUAUUCACUCUUUUUCCUCACUGGGAGUUUGAACG